UAAGCCAAGCACCAUGUGGCAGCUGCUCCUCCUUGGCUUCCUCUCAUGCGGCUCAGCUGCUUCAGCCUGGACUCCGGUGGAGGAGGGCUGUCCCCAAGGCCCUGUGUUCUGGUGCAGAAACCUGGUGACAGCCGUCCAGUGUGGGGCCCUGGGCCAUUGCAUGAAGGCCGGAUGGGACCCCAACACCAAGGAGGACCUGUGCGCGGACUGCAAGCAAGUCGUCUCCAUCCUGAUCCGCAUGGGCAAGGAGUCGGCCUUGAAAGCCAUCCAGAAGUCCCUGGAGGACGAGUGCAAGGACCUCCCUUUGCAGACUUUGGCCCCACAGUGCAAGUCUCUUGUGGACACCUACUUUGCCCAGUUCAUCGCCAUCUUGGAAAAGCAAAUGGCAAGUGACCGCCUUCCUCUCCUCUCCACAAAGGGCUACCUCUCCCCUUCUGCUCCUGGUGCCGUCUGUGCAACACUGAGCCUCUGCCCGCCUGACCUGUUGGCAGCAAAGGAGGAUGCCCUCGAAGCGCUGUUUGCUGAGAUCCGGGGACACCUUCCAGCCCGCAGCCAGACUCAGAAGAGCCCAGAGGACACAUUUCCGAUCCCGCUGCCCACCUGCUGGUUGUGCCGGUCCUUUGUCGGAAAGGCUGAAGCCCUCAUCCCAACGGCUACCAUCGGCACCACUGUGGCCCAGCUCUGCCGUGUCCUUCCGGUGUCCAUGGGGGGCAUGUGCCAGUGUCUGACGGAGAAAUACAGCGCAACCAUCCUAGACAUGGUCCUGGGCAAGGUGGGCCCGAACCUGAUCUGCGGGAUGAUGCUCAUGUGCGCCACGGAAGAUGGAAGCCCAGAUAUGCUUCCAGCAGCACCGGCACUUGACCUCCCAGUGGACAGCUGCCAGGCUUGCCUCACCAUCAGCAGCCAAGUGCAAGGGGCCCUCCAGCAAAACAGCACCCGGGUAGACAUGGACCUUGCCCUGCUGUCCGCCUGCAGCCACAGCUUCCUGGGUUGGGAAGAGUGCAAGCACUUCAUCUCCCAGCAUCAGGCCCAGCUCUUCACGUUGCUUCCGAAGCCGUGGAGCUCCCAUGACAUCUGCCAGGAACUAGGGGUCUGUGCAACCAAGAAGCCCAUCCCAGGGGGCACAGCCUGUGCUCAAGGCCCUCCGUUUUGGUGCUCCAGUUGGGCCGCUGCCAAACAAUGCCAGGCGGUCCAGUACUGCCAGGCUCAUGUCUGGCUGUAGUCAAAAGAUGAAGAUGUGUCUGCCUUUGGCUGGAGAUCUGCUCCUCUGGCCCCAUUUACUUAGACCCGUCCUCCCAACUGACCAGUGGGGCUGGAAAGGACCCCCAAGGGACAGAGGCUCUAAUACCGGCCAUUAUUAAAGUCACUCCCCAAAUCAUGAAA